AAAUUACUAAGAAAUUCAUCAAACGAAGACUUAGCAGCAAAAUCAUGAUGCUACCUUCCUAUUUAAAUAAUGUUCUCAACUCCACAAUUCCAUCAAACUCAGUAAAUCUUAAGCAAACUUUUCAAGAAAAGAAAAUUCAAGUAGAGAAGAAAAAGAAGAAGAAAUGGCAGAGAAGAUUUUGAUAAUCGGUGGAACAGGGUACAUUGGGAAAUUCGUAGUUGAAGCCAGCGCUAAAUCUGGGCAUCCCACUUUUGCUUUGAUGAGAGAGGCAUCCCUCUCUGAUCCAGCCAAAUCCGAGCUCGUCGAGAACUUCAAGAAAUCUGGUGUCACCUUCCUAAUUGGGGAUCUGAAUGAUCAUGAGAGCUUGGUGAAGGCUAUAAAGCAAGUGGAUGUGGUUAUAUCAACCGUAGGCUUCAUGCAGAUUGCCGAUCAAUAUAAGAUUAUUGCUGCUAUUAAAGAGGCUGGAAAUAUCAAGAGGUUCUUACCAUCAGAAUUUGGGGGUGAUCUGGAUCGUUGCCGUGCCGUGGAUCCCAUAAACCAAAAUUUCCAGCUAAAGAUACAACUCCGCAGAGCAAUAGAGGCAGAGGGCAUUCCUUACACCUACAUCGUCUGCAACUUGUUUGCCGGCUACGCCCUCUCCAAUUUCCUGCAGCUGGGCGCCACUGCUCCUCCCAGAGACAAGAUUGUUAUCCCCGGAGAUGGAAAUGUUAAAGCUGUGUUCAACGAGGAACAUGAUAUUGGUGUAUACACCGUGAAAGCUUCGGUUGAUCCCAGAACAUUGAACAAGAUCCUCUACAUUAAGCCUCCUCAAAACAUAUAUUCAUUCAAUGAGUUGGUUGCCUGCUGGGAGAAGAAGAUCGGCAACACCCUAGAGAAGAUAUACGUGGCAGAGGAUGAGCUUCUGAAGCAGAUUGAGGAGUCGCCGAUGCCGGUGAAUGUGAUAUUGUCGAUCAACCACUCCAUAUUCAUAAAGGGAGAUCAGACCUACUUUGAGAUCGAUCCAAAGGUUGGGGCAGAGGCUUCCCAACUCUAUCCUGAGGUCAAAUACACGACUGUGGAUGAGUACAUCACUCAGUUUGUGUAGUAUAACCUCAUUGGAUAAUGUUGUUUUGAGAGACUUUUCUUAUGUUUUCUUGUCGUAUUACAUGUAUAAAUAAGUGCGCUGCACGUUAAUAAAUUUUAAAUAUUUCAACUUCA